CAAGAGGCAGCACAUAGCUGUUUAAUAGCUGCUCCACGCGGCCCUUCGGAAGACGGGCCUGACACGCUGACAUGUUCAGGUCCCAUGCUAGAUCCUGUCGUCCGGUAGGACCUGACGAAAAAUCUCAUGAGGGUUGAACGCCACCUCCCAACGCUACCCUCUCAUCGCUGCGAACUCAUCUCUUCGUGCCAAAAACAAAGGGUUUGAUUCAGAUCCGUGGGCGAACGGGGCACCGCAUCGAACGGUCCGUGCUUCUACCGCGGUGUACCGCGGUUCGGACCAGUCGCCAUGUCUCCGUUCAAGCGACGUGAGAUCCCAUGAUGGUCCCGGAGGAGGAGGCCAGUUCCGCACGGUUUGCGCCGGAGACCAUCGGAAAGGCCUCCGAUGAACCGCUUCCUUUGCUGGAAAGAGACGGGUGGACCAUCACUCGAACUCCAAGUCGACCUCGAAACUCUCGAUCCCUGAGACCACCACGAGCUUCGAGGCAAAGUUCGUGAUGUCCUGGAUUUUCGAGAUGGGAUGCGGCUUUGUGAUCAUCCUGAGUGUUUUAACUGUCGCCUGGGACGUGGAUGGCUUAGAGGAACCCUUCUUCCUUCAGUUCAUGGAAAGCGCUGUCACAAGCUUCUUCCUGAUGGAGUGGCUUGUACGCUUCAAGGUGUUGGGCUUGAACUGGCUGAUGGAUCCCAUGGUCAUGUUCGAUACUUUUAUUGACGCUUGCCAGGAGUGGUUUCGCGGAGUUUGGGCCUUCCAGCCACUGGUCCAACAUGAUGCCACCGAUUUCCUCAAGGUCUUACGCACGGUGCGCAUGAUGCGCUUGCUACGCAUUGUGUUUUUCUUCAAGCACUUCAAGGCUUUCCAAGACAUCUUCCAGCUGGUCAGAGGUCUCCUGAGCAGUGGCGGGACCUUGCUCUCUGCUCUAGGGCUGAUUGCCUUUACGCUGUACGUCUUCGCCAUCAUCGCCAUUGACCUGAUCGGUCAUCAGGAUUUUACAGGUGCCUCGGAGGACGUGUUGGAGGCACAAGCAGGUUUCCAAGAGAUUUUUCCCACCAUGCUGACGCUCAUCCGGUUUAUGCACGCAGAUGACUCGCAGCCCAUCCUGGAUCUUCUGACCAAGAAGUUGCCAUGGAUUUGGGUUUUCACAUGGCUCUUCACUGCUAUAUCUGCCUUUGUGUUUCUGAAUUUGGUGACGGCGAUCAUCGUGCAGCAGGCCUUGGAGAUGGCCAGUGGUGACGAAAGUGAGCGCGUACAACAACUGCAACGGCAGCGGGAGAGGGACAUGCAAGACCUGGAAGAGACCUUCAGGAGAUUGGAUGAGGAUGCCAGCGGACAGGUGAGUUUGGAAGAGUUUAUGCAGGCCUUCAAAAUCAAGGAGAUCCGCGCAAAGAUGACGCUGUUGAACCUCAAGGAGCAAGAGAUGGUGGACCUGUUCCGCCAUCUCGACACGGCGGGUGAAGGGGAGUUGUCAUUGGAUGAGUUCACCUCCGGCAUGAGUCAGCUCAAAGGAGACGCAACCAACAAGGAUAUGGUCUUUCUGGAGAAGAGCAUUGAGAAGUUGGGGCAGAAGCUCCAGAAGUUAGAAGGCCCUCAGUCAUCCCAGCUCACGCGCCGUACGGUCACGAACCCAGGGAGGACCUGCCUCAAGCUUCGGGGCAAGUUGAACCAGAUCGCCAUCAACGUGCAGCAGCGCCUCACCCAGGCAGAGAAGGAGGUGGAGGACGUGGCAGAAAGGAUGUACAACUUGGCCUUGGAGUGCAUGACCUUGUCUCCAGGCUCCACCAGCAAGGCGCGCAUUCGGCAGUUUUGCGAUGUCUCGGGGGAGCCUUUUGACGCAAGGUGAGAGUUCAGUGGUCGGUCCACCCACUUCGACCUUUCGUGCGCCCUCCACGUCGAUGCUGAGCGAAUCCACUGAUGACUCUUCUGAAGGGCUCCGCGGCGGCGCCGGGCGCUCCACAUCGGCGGUGGAUGGAACAUACGACGUUGUGGAAACGCCUCCAGUCAUGACCUUCUUGUCCGAGAUCCUUUGCUCGCAGUGAGCCCGGGCUUCGGUGCGCCGGCGCCGAACGGCGCCGCCGCAACCGCCAUCGCUGGCUUCGGAGUUUCGGAGGGUUUUCAGGGUG